GGAGCCGCCGGGGACAGCAGCCCCGCUGCCACCGCCGCUGCGCACCCCGAAACCGCAGCUCCCUGCACCGCACCUCCGGCCAGGAUGGCUCCUUGGAUCUAGCCAGGGAGGCCAGAGCAGUGCUGGAGACCCCUUGGUCUUGGUAGAGAGACCCUGACUUGGGUAGAGGAACUGCUGCAAGGAUGUCUGAAGCCAAGACCCUGAUCUCCGCUUGCCUCAUGCUUUCCUUGCUCUCCUUGCACUGGGCUUUGCUCCAGCUGGGCCAGGCUUUUCCCAGCACUUCUGACUACCUCCAGCGGGGCUGGCAGCGGCUGCUGGAGGAAGGGGAGGGCUGCACUGAGUGCCAGCCAGAGGAGUGCCCAGCACCGCGCGGGUGCCUGGCUGGCACGGUGCGGGAUGCCUGCGACUGCUGCUGGGAGUGUGCCAACCUGGAGGGACAGAUCUGCGACCUGGACAACACCAACCACUUCUAUGGCAAGUGCGGGGAGCACCUGGAGUGCCGGCUGGAUGCUGGGGACCUGCAGCAUGGAGAGGUGCCUGAGCCCCAGUGUGCCUGCCUCUCGCACAUGGCUCUCUGUGGCUCCGAUGGCAAAACCUACUCCCAGAUCUGCAGGUUUCUGGAGGUCGCCCGAGCACACCCUGAUGCCAACCUCACCGUGGCCCAUGAGGGUCCCUGCGAGUCAGAACCCCAGAUCACCUCUCCUCCAUAUGACACAUGGAACAUCACCGGGCAGGACGUCAUCUUUGGCUGUGAGGUCUUUGCCUACCCCAUGGCAUCCAUUGAGUGGAGGAAGGACGGCACAGAGAUGCUGCUGCCUGGAGAUGACCCCCACAUUUCUGUCCAGUUCAGAGGCGGCCCCCAGAAAUACGAAGUGACAGGCUGGCUGCAGAUCCAGGGCGUGCGGGAGACAGAUGAAGGCACCUACCGCUGCUUCGCCAGGAACAGGGUCGGGGAGGCGAUGGCAUUAGCCAGCCUGACCGUCCUCACACCAGACCAGCUCAACCUGACAGGCUUUUCCCUGCUGAAGCCUCACACCACACCAGAGGACUAUGGGGAGAGCGAGGAGGACUAUUACUAGCCCAGAGGUGGAUGUCUGGCUGCAGAGAUCACCUUGCCCACAGUGGCCAUUCCCAGGGGCAGGGAUAUCUCCAGAGCAAGAACAUCUCAGCCCACAGCUCCUUCUCUGCACAGUCCUGGCACAGCAGCCUCUUUUGCUGGGGUGGGGACAGGGUGACACAUCUCUAUGCUGGGGUGCUCAUGGAGGGGACACUGGCUGGUUGGUGGCACAGGGCUGGGACCAGGGGUGGGUCUGUCCUCCAGCACUGAGUGGGUACAGGAUGGCAGGUGGGAUGCUGUGGGGACAACCAUGCUGUGUGUGAUGAGGACUUGGUACUGAGGAUGGAGGCACCCCCCAUGCGAGAGGGAAGCCAGGGCAAGGGCAUUUCUGCCCUAUGUGAAGCAUCUUGGGGAAACCAGAGUGGAGGGAUGGGACCUGGCUGGGACACCCAGUGCUUCAACCUGAUAUCUCCCAAGCACAGGGACAGCCAGGCAUCGACCCAGGGAACCUUCUGCCAAAACAUCAGUCUCUUCUGUUUUGUUUUUAGCCAGAAAAAUAGUGAUUUGAGGAAACCAGACACUUGUGGUUUUCAGUGCUGUCUUUUCUGCAGCCCAGCUGCCCAUGUGGUCAGAAACACACUGGCCUUUUUCAACUGACUUUGUUCUUUUCCUUCCACACAGCUCUCUAUUUUGCUAUUUCAGUUAACGUUAGUUAAAUAUACAUGUA